AUGGCCUCCGGAUCUGCGAGCCCGGGUUCGGUGUCUUCGAGACUGUGUCCGGUGGUCUCGGGCUUGGGGCUCUCCGCCUCGUCGGGCUCUGCAUCUUCGACCAGAGCCAUCGGCGCCCCCCUCGUCCCCGCCCCGCCCGCAGCGGCUGGAGCGGCGGCACCAUGGAGAAGGUCAGGCCCUUCUCGCAAGGCGCUCUGGCGAAAGCGGAAGGCUUUCCAGAAGCAGACGGCCACUGGCAGAUCCAGGCCGCGCUCUCCUUCUUCGUCGCUGGAGCGCAGGGAGAUUCCGCCGGACCUUUUUGGUCUGUGCUUCAAGUGCUUUCGGGAGGGUCACCGCCGGGAUGACUGCACCUUUCCGCCAUUGUGCAUCCGCUGUGGCCUUGAGGGGCACAUCUUCACGGAGUGCAAGCGGCCUCGGAGUCCCAGAUCGGAGGAGGAUCUCCGACGGGAGGCGUUGGCUAAGGUGGCACGGACCGCUCUGCCACUGGUGCCUGCCGGAAUCGCGAGCAGGCUGUCUCCGGCCACUCGGCAGGCCUCUCCCCAGGAGGGGCCCUCGUCAGUGCCGGGCGACACCGCACCUGUGGAUUUCGGGCUGGCAGUGGCGAGCAACUCUGGUGCCCCUUGCAUCCUCCUGCGGACCCCGGAGAUAGAUGACCUAGAGCGUCGCCUUCAGCUGGCGGUGGUGGCAUAUGUCGGAGGUCCUCGGCCUCCGGUGUCUUGCCAGGAUGCCACCGAAGCCAUCUCUGUCUAG